AUGAACCUGAACCCGUGGGGACCCGUGGGAGGUCAGAGACUGCCUACAGGAGGAGGGAGCUCCCUGGGAGGUCGAGGACCCGCACCCCGCGGGUGGAAGUGCGCCCUAGGGAUUUUGGGGACUCAGGCCCCCGGGCGCAGCGCACGGGCGGCGCCGGGGGCCGGGGCGGCUUCACGGGCGCAGGUCUCGCUCAUCAGCACGUCGUUCGUGCUCAAGGGGGACGCCACGCACAACCAGGCGAUGGUGCACUGGACCGGAGAGAACAGCAGUGUCAUCCUGAUCCUGACCAAGUACUACCAUGCGGAUAUGGGGAAGGUCCUGGAAAGCUCUCUGUGGAGGUCGUCGGAUUUUGGAACAUCCUAUGCGAAGCUCACACUGCAGCCCGGCGUCACCACUGUCAUCGACAACUUCUACAUCUGCCCGACCAACAAGCAAAAGAUCAUUCUUGUGAGCUCCCCUCUCAGUGACCGCGACCAGUGUCUCUUCCUCAGCACUGAUGAGGGGGCCAGCUUCCAGAAGCAGCUCAUUCCUUUCUCCGUGGAGACGCUGACGUUCCACCCCAAGGAGGAGGACAAGGUCCUCGCGUACACCAAGGAGGGCAAGCUCUAUGUGUCGUUGGACUUGGGGAGGAAGUGGACACUCUUACAGGAGCAUGUGACCAAGGACCAUGUGUUCUGGGCUGUGGCAGGAGUGGACAGAGACACUGACCUGGUCCACAUGGAGGCCCAGGACCCUGGAGGAGGUUUCCGCUACGUCACCUGCCGGAUCCACAACUGCUCUGAGAAAAUGCUGCGGGGACCCUUCGGGGGCCCCAUCGACGUGGGGUCCUUGAUGGUGCAGGACGACUACGUGUUUGUUAAGGUCACCUCAGCCAACCGGACCAAGUACUAUGUCUCCUACCGCCGGCAGGAGUUCACCUUGAUGAAGCUGCCCAAGUACGCGCUGCCCAAGGACCUGCAGAUCAUCAGCACGCAUGAGAGCCAGGUGUUGGUGGCUGUGCAGGAGUGGCACCAGACGGACACCUACAACCUGUACCUGUCGGAUCCCAGUGGCCAGCGCUACUCUCUGGUGCUGGAGCAUGUGCGCAGCUCCCGGCAGGCAGAGGAGAGUGUGCUGGUGGACGUGCUGGAGGUCAGAGGGGUGAAAGGCGUCUUUUUGGCAAACAGAAAACUGGACGGGAAGGUGAUGACACUCAUCACCUACAACCAGGGCCGAGACUGGGGCCACCUGAGGCCGCCCAGCAGGGACAUGAACGGGAAGGCCACCAACUGUGAGCCUCCGGACUGUCACCUCCACCUGCACCUGCGCUGGGCAGACAACCCCUACGUCUCGGGCACCGUGCACGCCAAGGACACUGCCCCAGGCCUCAUCAUGGGUGCAGGGAACCUGGGCUCCCAGCUGGUGGGGUACAAGGAAGAAAUGUACGUCACUGCUGACUGUGGACGCAACUGGCGACAGGUGUUCGAGGAGGAGCACCACAUCCUGUACCUGGACCAUGGAGGUGUCAUUGUGGCCGUCAAGGACACCUCCAUCCCCCUGAAGGUCCUCAAGUUCAGUGUGGACGAGGGCCUCACCUGGAGCACCCACAACUUCACCAGCACCUCGGUGUUUGUGGACGGGCUGCUGAGUGAGCCCGGGGAUGAGACUCUGGUUAUGACGGUCUUCGGCCACAUCAGCUUCCGCUCUGACUGGGAGCUGGUCAAGGUGGACUUCCGGCCCUCAUUCCCCCGGCCAUGUGGUGAUGAUGACUAUGGCUCUUGGGAGCUUACAGACCUGCAGGGCGACCACUGCAUCAUGGGCCAGCAGAGGAGUUUCCGCAAGAGAAAAGCCACGUCCUGGUGCAUCAAGGGCAGAAGUUUCACAUCAGCACUCACGUCCCAAGUGUGUGAGUGCAGGAACACAGACUUCCUAUGCGACUAUGGGUUUGAGCGCACCCCAGCCUCGGAGUCCGACGCCAGCAGGUGCUUAGCUAACUUCUGGUUUGAUCCAGAGUCCCCUCCCGAGGACUGUGCCCUGGGACAGACCUACACCAGCAGUCCAGGGUACCGGAAGGUGGUGUCCAAUGUGUGCAAAGGUGGUGUGGACCUGCAGCGCGGGGCAGCCGCCCUCCAGUGCCCCCUCUCACCACCUCGGGGCCUGCGGGUCAGCAUCCGCGGAGAGGCGGUGGCCGUGCGGCCGGGAGAGGACGUCCUGUUUGUGGUUCAGCAGGAGCAGGGCGAUGUCCUGACCACCAAGUACCAGGUGGACCUUGGGGAUGGCUUCAAGGCCAUGUACGUGAACCUCACGCAGAGUGGGGAGGCCGUGCGACACCGCUACGAGAGCCCCGGCGUGUACCGCGUGUCUGUCCGGGCGGAGAACAUGGCCGGACAGGAUGAGGCGGUGCUCUUCGUCCAGGUCAACUCCCCCCUUCAGGCCCUCUUCCUAGAAGUGGUCCCCGUCGUUGGCAUCAACCAGGAGGUGAACCUCACGGCUGUGCUACUGCCUUUGAACCUGAACCUCACUGUCUUCUACUGGUGGAUCGGCCCCAGCCUGCAGCCCCUGCUGUCCUUGGACAACUCAGUGACAACACAGUUUGCAGAUGCGGGAGAUGUACGUGUGACGGUGCAGGCCGCCUGUGGGAGCUCUGUGUUGCAGGACUCCAGGGUCAUCCGCGUGCUGGAUCAGUUCCAGGUCGUGCCGCUGCAGUUUUCCAAGGACCUGGAUGCCCACAACCCCAACAUCCCCGAAUGGAGGGAGGACAUCGGUCUAGGGGUCACCAGGCUCCUCUCCAAGGAGACCAGCAUCCCUGAGGAACUUCUGGUGACUGUGGUGAAGCCAGGGCUGCCUACCAUUGCUGACCUGUAUGUGCUGCUGCCCCCUCCCAGGCCCACCAGGAAGAGGAGCCUGGCCAGCGAUAAGAGGGUCCUGGCCAUCCAGCAGGUGCUGAAGGCUCAGCGGAUAGGCUUCUUCCUGCGUGGUGGGGUCCGUGUGCUGGUGGCCCUACGGGACGUGGACACAGACUCCCAGCGGCUGGGCGGCGGCAGAGGCUACUGGGCUGCGGUGGUCCUCCUGGUUGUGGGGCUCUUCGCCGUGGGCACAUUCAUCCUCUUCAAGUUCAAAAGGAAACGCCCUGGAAGGACCGUGUACGCCCAGAUGCACAAUGAGAAGGAGCAGGAGAUGACGAGCCCCGUGAGCCACAGCGAGGACGCCCAGGGCACCGUGCAGGGCAACCACUCGGGCGUGGUCCUGAGCAUCAACUCCCGUGAGAUGCAUAGCUACCUGGUGAGCUGA